AUGGACAAGGCUUUGGAGAAGCUGCGGGGCCAUGGAAGCGCCGAUGCGAUCCAGGAGUGCAUUCUGACCCUGCACAAGGUGGCUGAGAAUGCUGCCCAGAAGUGGAACCCCACGAGCGGGGCCAAGUAUCGCACCAUCAAGCAGAGCAGCACCACCAUCACAAAGAAGGUGACGUCGCUGCCUGGUGGAAAGGACUGCUUGGUAGCCUUAGGCUUCGUGGACGCAGUCGAGGAUGGGGAGCCAGUUUGGCGAAUCCCAGCUGACCAGGUGUGCGUGGGCAAGUUGUGGGACGGCCUUGCAGUACUUCGCACGGCAAAGGACGACUUGGCAAGUUUUGCAGUUGACCACGAGAAGAGCGAGGCAGCAAACCGGGCCGGAGGCAUCGAAGGGACAGUGCGCGACAUGCUCACCAGCCCGGCCAAGCUGAACCAGGUUCUCCGAAAUCCGAUGGUCAAGCAGAUGAUCGCUGCGAACCCAGAUAUGGUGGAAGGCUUUGUGAAAGCCAUGCCUGAAGCCAAGGAGACCCUGGCAAUCUAUCCAGAAAUGAGGUCACAGCUUGAGGCGGUCAUGGGCCGGCCGUUACGACUGGAUGACGUCCCGGAGACAGCAUCUUCAACAGUACCACUUUCCGUGUCGCCGGCACCACCGGCACAUCUGACGGCGAACACUGUGCAAGCGUAUGUGUACGACAUCACCCAGGGCAUGGCGAAAAGCAUGUCAAUGAUGCUUGUUGGCCAACAGAUUGACUUCGUACCUCACACUGGCAUUGUCAUCUUCGGGCGCGAGUAUUUCUUUGGCGGCGGGCCAUCUAUUUGUGAUACUCCCGGGAUGUCUGUGCCAGUUCCAGUGGUAGAAACUCUGGUUCUAGGCGAGACAGCGAAGACUCGCGAAGAGCUAGAGACAUACAUCAACACUGUCCUCUCCCUCGAGCACAACGAGCAAAACUACAACCUGCUAAACCACAAUUGCAAUCACUUUGCAAGCGAUGUCGCCAAGUUUCUCCUUAACAAAGGCCUCCCAGAUCGCAUCCUCAACUUUGGUGACCAACUUGCCACAGCAAAAGGCCAGCACCUCCUUCGCAUGAUCGAGAACAUGGAGAAGAACCUUCGGAGCAGUGGAAGCGGAAGUGGCAGCUUGAACCCAUUUGGAAGCUCUGCAAAUCCAGGUGGCUAUUCGGCUCCCCCCAGCGCGGCUCCCGGAGCAAAUGCGGAGAUUGUUGCUCGUUUGAGGGAGAUGGGUUUUCCAGAGGCGAAAUGUCAACAGGCUGCCGCCACUUGCGAAGGGGAUAUGGAUCUGGCGAUUGCGCUGCUCAUGUCUGAAAGCGAUUGA